AUGACCACUCAUGAAGAAAUCCUUAAACUUACUUUAUUUCUGUGCUUUUGCAGUUUGCCACCUCCGUCACCGGCGAACACACCCACUAAAGGAUUCGAUGGCAACUUCAAACUAGAGCCGAAUCUGAGCGUCAAGGACUUUGCGACACCGUCCGAGAAUGGCAACGGUAAUGGCAACCUGGAGUCAGUUGCUAGCAUGCCCGCUGCCAUGACCACGCCGACACCGCCGCAGCGCAAGCGCUACAAGAAGCGGGUCCAGUUCACGACCGAUGCGCUCAAUGGCUAUGCAGGCGCUAAGGGUAAAGGCGGCCCAGCAGCUGGUUACAACAACAACAAUAACAACAACAGCUUCGGCAGCACCUCUAAAACAAAGAAACCUGAAGCGAAGGCAGCAGCAGCUGCCCUCAAAGCAGGCGCAGCAGCGGUCGCCUCAUCGGCGCUGCCGGAGGUGCUAGACUGCCGCAUCGCAGAGAAGAUUAAAAGCGAGCUGGAAGCAUGCAGCAAGGAGUCGCUACCAAGUGCACUUUGCCUCAAGAAAGCAGCAGCUGCUGCUGCUGCAGGGGCACAACACAGUGACGCGGAUGAGGACGAGGAAGACGAAGUUCAGCAGCAGCAGCUAGCAGCGGCAACAGCCGCUGCUCAUCCGACCACGGGGGCACCGACGGUGCUGGCUAACGCGGAUACGGUUGAUGCCAACAACGCCAGCAACGGCCAGCUAGGAAGCUUUCAUGUGCGCUCCAAGAGCCAAAACGGCAGCAAGAAGUCCCAGUCCGCAAAAGCAGCAGCAGCUGCUGUGGCGGCAGCGGCUGCAGCUGCAGCGGUUAUGAUGCCACCGAACAGCUAUGACGAGCCUGAAGACGAUUCGGCCGCAGGUCAGGGCGAUGAUGAUGAGGAGGACGACGAAGAGAUGGAUGAGGAGGCGCUGGCGCGUGAGAUGAAACUGGAGCAGAACUUUGUGGAAGAGGAGGAUGAGCAUGACAUCGCGUUCAGAUCGCAGCAGUCGUGCCGCGAGUGCUCCAUCUCGCAUGAUCACAAGCUAUGCCCGCUGCGCAAUGCCUGUGGCAAUGUGACGGACGCAGUGGACCUGGCCGAGUGGAUUGAACGCCGCAAUCUGGAGGCGCUAGCCAAACUGAAAGCGGAUGCCCAGCGGCAGGCGAAGGUGGGCAGACCGCGCCACGUUGACGACGAAGAUGAUAUGGAGGACAUGGAUAUGGACGAAUCAUCUCAGCUGUCCGAGCUGGAGACUAAGCCACUGAUAACAUUCGCCGAGGCUUCGGUGCCCGCCGAAUUCGAGCUUCAUAACGUCGAGCCGAAUGUCACCGGCGUCUUCGCCCGCACUGAGGUCCGAGCCUACACGAAGCUUGGGCCCCUCAUCGGACAGCCGGUGCAGACCGGCGAGGUGCGUGAGGGCAGCGACAUGAAAUGGAUAUUCGAGAUGUGCGAGGCCGGCGCUGACAAAUCCUAUCUACUCUGCUGCGAUAACCCCAAUGCCUCCAACUGGCUGCGCUUCAUCCGCCCAGCACCCAGCUACGAGGAGCGCAACGUGAACCUCGUCUCCAUCGACCGACAGGCGUACUUUGUGAGUUGUCGUGAUUUACGCAAUGGUAUGGAGCUGCUCUACUGGAGUGAUGACUGCAACACCAUGUGGCGGAAGAAGCACACCGAGAAGACAAACUGCGGCGGCUGCAACUUGAAGUUUGAGCACCCGCUCUACUACCGUACGCACUGCUCAGUUUUUCACGAUCCAUCGAUGAGCCUCACCAUACGGAAGUACCACUGCAAAGUGUGCGGCGAGGCGGUGCUGGGUAAGGACAACAUUAUGAAACAUGCGGCCGAGAAGCACGAUGGCAAGGGAGCGUAUCAGUGUCAGUUCUGCAACAAAUUCUUUCUACGGCUUAACUAUCUGGAGAUGCAUCGCACCUACGGCUGUGCCUCGAAUCCAAAUCGUUCGCGGCCCGUUUGUGAUUUCUGUGGUCGCAAAUUCUGCCAGCCACAGAAGCUCAAGGCACAUAUUAAGCGUAUCCACAGUGAUAUGGCUGAAGUUUUACGAGAUUUUCAGUGUAAAUUAUGUUCAAAACUUCUAGGAUCUCGUGCGGCACUGCAGCGCCACUCGAAGGAGGUGCACAGCCGCAACUCGACUGUGGUCAGUUGUCCGCGCUGCCAGAAACUCUUCCAGAAUCGCAGCAACCUGAAGAUACACAUGCUCACACAUUCGGGCGUGCGGCCUUUCAAAUGCGCGGAACCAGAGUGCAAUGCUGCUUUCACCACAAAGCAGUGCCUACAGUUCCAUUACAAGAAGGUGCACAACUAUACGCAAGAACAGAUGCCGAAGAUAGAGCGGAGUGUGGCCUAUACUUUCGAUGCUUAUUCGGGCGGCAUGAAGGUGGACUUUUUGGAGCAAGCACCUCGCCGGAGACGCAAGAGCCUAGAAGAUCAGAAUCAAAACUCAAUGCUCAGCAGCUCCAUGCAGAGCGAUACAGAAUAUAGUGAUGACAACAUUUUUGAGGCCAUCAAGAAGAGCGGAAAAUCGAUUAAGGACUUAUGCCGCAACGAACCAAAUCUGUCGCUGCUCAGCUCCAAAAUCUCCAGCAUAUUUGCCGAAAAGGUGCCCCCUGUACAGCAGGCGGCCCUGGUGGUAAGCGCCGCGACUGGCAACGGCCGUAAGCGUAAAAGAAAGAAGGAUCCGGCCUCUGCGCUUGUCGUCCAGCAGCAGCAUCAACAGCAGCAGCAACAGCAGCAACAACAACAACAACAACAACAGCAUCACCAGCAGCAACAGCACCAACAGCAGCAGCAACAGCAGCAGCAACAGCUGCAGCACCAGCAACACGCACAGCAAUGCCACCAACAGCAGCAGCAGCAACAGUUGCAUGGAGGCCAUUUGGAUCAGUCGCCCUCGCAUUUAUCACACCCACAACAACAGCCCCACUAUCAUGCCCAUGCGCACACGCACGCCCAUCAGCAGCAACAGCAGCAGCAGCAGCAACAACAACAGCAGGCUGCCGCGCAUCACCAGCAGCAGCAACAGCAAUUGCACGACGCCGAUGUGGAGGAGGAGAGCGUACGCCUGGAGCAGGUGCGGCGCAAGCAAAACGCUCAACUUAGCCUGGUCGAAUCGUUCCUGACCACUACCGCGCAGCGUCUGAGUGCCCAGCAGCAGGUGCAACAAGUGGUGGCUGCGGCAGCCGCUGUUUCCGCCAUGGCCGGCGCUGGCGAGGAUCCCGCCAAGCUUGGCCAUAUGAUGGGCCACAUGAGCGGCGUGGGCGUAGGAGUGGGCGUGGGCCUGGACGAGGACGAUGACGAUGAUGAGGAUGACGACGAUGCCACAGCACAUCACUUGCAUCACCAACAACAGCAGCAGCACCAGCAGCAACACCACUCGCAUCACCACGGCCACACGCAUCCUCACCCGCACGGACAGCAAUCGGCACAGCAACCGCACAACGACACCGGCUAUCGCCAUACCGCCGCCAUGAAUGCGGCUCUCGGCCAGAAUCUGGUCGUCAGCAAGGGCAGCAAGAAGUGGAUCGGCGCCGACGAUCGUCAUCUGAGCGAAAGCGGUGAUGUCGCCAACGAUGCCACUGUCAGCACUGGGGCUGGUAGUGGUGGUAUUGCUGGCUGUGGUCAGUUAUCGGGCGGUGCCGGAGCUGGCCAGGAUCUUGGGUUCGCUGUACCGCCCAUCGCCGUGGACGAGCAUAGCAAACUGCUGGGGCAGAACCGUGACUUCUUGGCGCGUCUCAUGAGCAGCGCUUCGGCCAGCCAUGCCAGUCACCAGCAUCAGCAUCAGCAUAGCUCACACAGCCGCGAGGAAGAUGAGAACAGCUCAUUCCUGGAUGUCGUUGAGUCCAAUAAUAAUGCGGCUGCUGCGGCCGCUGCUGCCGCUGCCAUGUCUCAGUACCAUCAUAGUGCGGCAGCCAAUGGUGGAGCAACGGGCGCUGGUGGUGGUGCAGGCAGUGGCGGUGGUGGUGGCGUUGGUGGCGGUGCCAACUCCUCAGCCAGCAUGCUGGUGGAGGCAGCCCUCAACUCCGUUGGCAAUAUGAUUGACAGCGAGAGCAGUGAUCUAAAGGUGAGUUUGGCCGCAAGUGAAGCCACUCAAUGUUUUGCCUCGU